CACCGAAGGCAAGCUCGCCCGCCUCUCCGCCGCGGCUCAGCCGGCAGCGUCCCGGGGACGGAGCUUCCUCGCCUGCCUCCCUCCCUCCUCCCCGGGGCCAGAGCGCGGAGCGGAGAGCCGGCGCCAUGGGCGGGGAGGAGGAGGAGGUCCUGCGCAUCGCCAAGCGGCUCGACAAGAUGGUCGCCAAGAAGAGCGUGGAAGGGGCAAUGGACUUGCUGAAGGAACUGAAAAGUAUGCCGAUAACCCUGCAUUUACUACAGUCUACCCGAAUCGGGAUGUCUGUGAACGCCCUUCGGAAGCAAAGCACAGAUGAAGAUGUAAUUGCACUCGCCAAGUCGCUUAUCAAGGCUUGGAAGAAACUCCUAGAUGCUUCCGAAGAUAAGAGAGAUGAGAAGAAGAAGAGUUCUCUGGCAGCCUCUUCUUCAAAAGAAACCGGGGAUUCACGAGACCAAAGCUCCAUCAAAAGGCAGGAGUCCGUAAAAACUCCCACCACUCCCAAAAUCACCACUUUCCCCCCAGUGCCCAUCACGUGUGACACAGUUCGAGGCAAAUGCCGAGAAAUGUUAACUUCAGCUCUCCAGACAGACAAUGACUAUGUGGCCAUUGGUGCUGACUGUGAGCAACUUGCUGGGCAGAUUGAAGAAUUUAUAUUCCAAGAUGUGAAGAACACAGAUUUGAAGUACAAAAAUCGGAUCAGGAGCCGCCUCUCCAACCUCAAGGACUCCAAGAACCCGGACCUGCGAAAGAAUGUCUUGUGUGGAGUGAUCACCCCCGAACAAAUUGCGGUGAUGACCUCAGAGGAAAUGGCCAGCAAUGAACUGAAAGAGAUCCGCAAAGCCAUGACCAAGGAAGCCAUCCGGGAGCAUCAGAUGGCCAAAACUGGAGGGACCCAGACAGACCUUUUCACUUGUGGCAAGUGCAAGAAAAAGAACUGCACCUACACUCAGGUGCAAACCCGGAGUUCGGAUGAGCCAAUGACAACCUUUGUGGUGUGUAACGAAUGUGGAAAUCGCUGGAAGUUCUGCUGAAAACGUCUCCGAGGGGAGCAGCCACAGCCAAUUUCAGGGCCCCGAGCUCUGCCACGGACUCCCGCAAGUACUGCCAGCAGAUUUAUUUAUUUUUUGUCCUGUUUUGUCGCCAAGUUUGCUUUGUGCUCUGUACAUCAACCAGGUGAGGAGGGCCUGGCUGACUGCACACCUGUCGGGAGUAACAGCGACUGGGAAUAGACGCCUCCCAGGAUGGCACCGGAUGAAAAGUUUACCCGGACCAGCCAGCUUAUUGUGAGAAUGUGGGACAGCCAUAUAUUUUUCCCCCCGUUCUUGUUUCGUUUCGUUUUCUCUUAAAAAGGCCGGGCUUCGAGCCUCAAAGUUUGUACAGAAGCUUCUUGCGACUCCCUCCUUGGCUCCGGGUGCAACUCUCCAAAGCUACAACCAGUAUUAACCCCACUCCCUCGUCCUGGGGUUCAAGGCUGCUUUUGUGUUUCGCAGGAUGACAUUUUCCCGCUUUCGUUGCACAAACCUUGCCCGGUUUGAAAAGCCGGUGCCAAGGGGCUGUGGGUGGGUCUGAGGAUUCAAAACCUCCCAGCCCCUCUAACCGAAUAAGUAUUACUCAUCCUGCUUUCCUUUUGUUUUGGGGGCUGGAAAGAAUAUGAAAUAAGAGUUAAAAGGUUUCGUUUUGGUUUUGUUUUCAAUUGAAAUAUAUGCUAUAGAUUCUCCCGUUGCCUGGGUGGUGAAGCCAAAUAUCUUAGAAAAGUUGGCCUCUGUUGUUUACGAGAUGAAAAAUGUGAGCUUCGAAAGAAACAUAGGAAGGGGAAGGGGCGGGGGGCAAAAUUUCAAAAUUGAAAAGUGUUUCUAGGAAAAUCGCUUUAAUUUCAGCAGACGCUGCAACCGAGUUAACGAGAUGAAAAAUGUGAGCUUUGGAAGAAAACCAGGAAGAGGAAGGGGGGCAAAAUUUCAAAAUUCAAAAGUGCUUUGUAGGAAAACCACUUUUAAUUUCAGCACGCUCUCUUGCCAUUGAGUUUACGAGGUGAAAAAUGCGAGCUUCGAAAGAAACCUAGGAAAGGGGGAAAUUCAAGUAUUUCAAGGAAAAUCGCUUUAAUUUCAGCAGAGUCUCUGCCGUCGGGUGGGAAGGGUGGGGAUGCAGAUACAAAUUUCUUGCCAUCUUUGUAAGUUUGCCGCUUUGGAGACUUUGGAGAACUUCCGGGUGUGAAACGGAGAGAUGGCUGGGCUUACAUCCAUUUUGACCGUGGCAUCUGAAAUCCCUCACUUUGCUGUGUUCUUUGUGGGUGUGCUAGGAAUACAACUGCCCUCUGCUAAUCAAUCGCAUUUGCACACCAGUUUCCGUUUUCCACGUAGGACGAGGCUCUGCGUUCUGAACCCACGCAAAUGUGAAAAAGAGAGCCGUUUUAUACUUGAGGGAGUGGGUCAUUUGGAUGGUCCACAUCCUUUUAAGUACAAGUGUUAUUAACACAAAAAGUAUUUUGAGUUUGUUAAAUGAACAAAUCCUGGCGGUGUGAGGGGAGGAAAAGGGGGAAAGUUUGCUAUUUAAAUACUUUGUUAAGUUCUCAGAAAAGAGUUGGAAAACAAGAUUUUAGACCAACGUGUCUGACAUUGACAGACAGGUGGACUUCAACUCCCAG